UGACGGCAGGCUUGAUCACGUGGCUGGGGUGCACCCGCCUUCUGUGGCGAUGGCGGCCGCAGGCUCCAGUGUGGUAAUGCGAGUGGAGGAGCUCGGAGAUCUGGCUCAGGCUCACAUACAGCAACUUAGCGAAGCUGCCGGCGAAGACGAUCACUUUUUAAUUCGGGCCUCUGCAGCUCUAGAAAAAUUGAAACUCCUUUGUGGAGAAGACAAAGAAUGUUCAGAUCCAUCAAAUCUUCUAGAACUUUACACACAGGCUAUUUUGGACAUGACGUAUUUCGAGGAGAAUAAGCUAGUAGAUGAAGAUUUUCCUGAAGACUCUUCACAGAAAGUAAAAGAGCUGAUCAGUUUUCUUUCAGAACCAGAAAUUUUAGUUAAAGAAAACAGUCAUCCUAAACGCUGCAGUUUGCUUGGGGACGAGCUACUGGAAUGUCUGUCUUGGAGACGAGGAGCCCUACUCUAUAUGUAUUGUUAUUCUUUAACCAAAAGGAGAGAGUGGCUCACGAGAAAAUCUAAAUUGCUUGAAAAGCACCUGGUUGAUGGAAUCACUUACUUGCUACAGAUGCUAAAUUUUCGGUGUCCUAUCCAGUUAAACGAAGGAGUUUCUUUCCAAGACCUAGAAACAGCUAAAUUACUGACUGAAGGAAUAUUUAGUGAUAUCCAUUUGCUGGCUAUGAUGUACAGUGGAGAAAUGUGCUACUGGGGAUUGAAGCAUUGUGCAGAUCAGCAUCCAGAAAACCAUGAAGUAGAUACCGAUGUUUCUGGAGCAAGCUGCACUGCAUGCAAAGAACCUUUGGACUUCCGAGAAGUAGGAGAAAAAAUUUUGAAAAAGUAUGUAUCUGUAUGUGAAGGACCCCUGAAAGAGCAGGAAUGGAAUACAACAAAUGCAAAACAAAUUUUAAACUUCUUUCAGCAUUUCCAUAAAUAGUAAGUUCAUCUAGUCUUUUUCCAACAGACAAAAAAACAAACAAAAGACCCAUGAAAUGGAAAAGUUCUAGAAAAAAAGACAUUUUGACCCAAAUUUGAGAACAUUAUGCUACAUAAAGAUACCCAGUAUGGUUACCCUUUUGUAAGAGCCAUCACCACUUUUCAUAAUAUGUUCUUAAACUUAGGAAGGAAUGAUUCUUUAAUGUUUAAACUGACAUGUGUUAUUUGAACUCAUCCUGAACUACAAAUACCCUAUAAAUAAUAAUGAGAAACCCGAUUUGACUUUAAGAAGAUUUUUUUCUAUUAAAUUCUUUGUAAUCUCCUUAUGUUGAAGUUUGCCCUGCUUUAGAGAUUAAAAUCAUCACCUCAUUGUUUUGAAUAUAUACAAUGGAUAUAAAAAUAGGCAAAAUGAAAAAAUAUGACUAACAUUAAGAUUCCAUUUCUAAAAUAUGGUGAAUAAUGGAAGAUUCUGCAAAGGAUAGUGGGUGUUUAUUUUGCCACGUAUUACUAAUGGCAUAUUAAAAUUUUACUUUAUUAGUUAUUUUAUAAAAUGUUAAAAAUUAUUUUCCUAUUUUGUUUAAAAGAAAAUGCAUAGUUUAUCAAAUGUUUAUUGAAGAUAAAACCGAGUUAGGUUGGAGUACCACUAGCUCAUAUGCUUUUAGGGCACAUCUUUUCAUACUGUAAUGAACUUUUAAUAUUUUUUGCCUUUAAUAGUAGGGGUGAGUGAUAAAGGCCAGAGAGCCUAUAACUUGAUAUCUUAUUCGCAGUCUUUCUGUCUACCUCAACUAUUGUCAUCUUGAGGGGAUGAUCUGUGUGUUGCGUUCUCUGCAAAGUUUCGUAACUUGUGUACCAGUAACUUUUUCACAUUCCAGCAAUUUGCUCCCAUGGCCAUACCUUGAAUAUCACUAUCCUGAGUUUCUAUUUUUGAAAUUUUAAUUCUCAGUAUCCCAUUAACUGAUGAUAAUUCUCAUCUCCCCAGCUCUUUUACUGUCUUAUUUUUAUUGAUUUUUCUUUCUCUUUUAUUUCCACUCUACCAUGUCUUUAGCUUCUCAUAGCCUCCCUAUGUUGACUGCCCUCCUUUCUCCUAAACUAUCAGCCUCGUUCAGGUUUUCUUCCUUCCCUACCCAGCCUCAGCCUAAUAGAGCACUGUUUGCACCACUCAUUUGCCAAUGCCCUCAAAUCCCUCUUUCCCUUGUCCUUCAGCCUAAUCAUUCUGCAAACCAUCAACAUUGAAUUAAUCCUGCCAUCCAUGUUUUCUGGUAUGCUGAGUUCUGCUUAAGUAUGUGCUGUCCUUUGGAGUGGAGUGUCAAAGUGGCUUACCUUCAACUUUAGAAGAGCCCGCAAUAUAAGCCUUUUGUUUGUUACUUGUGUGGACUCUUUCUCUCCUCCCACUGUGGUUAAUCCAAACCUUAUCACUUUUCUCAGGCCCUGUGUCCCCUCCCCCAGCAUAUGGUUCUUCCUUCUGUCAUAGAGAAAGUUGAGACUAUGAGUUGGUCAACUUCUAUGUUUACGAGCUUUUUCUUUUUGGGGGAAGAGACUUCACUUCCCAUUGAAGGCUGAUUUCCACCUGUGCUACAGAUUUCAUUUCUGCUGUCACCCUCAUUUCCCUUGUGGCUUUUGUUUUUCUGUCUACACUUCAGGUGUUACUCUUUCCUAGAAUUCUUUCCUGUUUCUUUUUUUUUUCCCCUUCCCUUUUUUCUUUUUACUUAUUCUAAAUACCCUUCUUAUGCAAUGUCAUUCUUAGCCAUGGUUUUAUCUACCACCUGUAAUAUUAGGCUGACUCCCAAACCUGUAAUUUGAAUCCCAACUUCUCUCCUGAUCACUAAACCUUAUUUCUAACUCCCUGUAUCUUCACUUGGACAAACAUCUCAUUGUAAUUUUAAAUUCAGUGUGUCCUAGCAACUCAUCUCUCAUAUAAAAUCUUUGCUGCUUCAUGUUUUCUUUUUUGAAUCUUCCACAGAGCAGGGCAAGACAGGAGUGUUGUAAUUUGGUUCCUGCCUACCUCUGUAGCUUCAUUGCUGCAGUAAUCUUAUGUUCUAGUCCACUGUUCCUCAAACAUUUAAAAUCCAUGCUCCAUUUUGAUAAACAUAAAAAUUCUGAUAAACCUCUUGGGGCAAGAGGAAAUUCCCCAUUCCUGCCCAGUCCCUUUUCUUAUCAUUACACAGCUUAGAUUUUUAUUUAACUUAGCUUUUUAGCAGGUCUUUUGUACUUUCGAAAUAUAAAAAUUGAAAUUAUUUUAGUAUAGUUUUUAAAACCACAGGCUAUACUCUCCCCCACGCUCUUUGGAACAUCACAAUCUUAAGUACUUCCAGUUUCUUCCCCAAAUGUGCUUUGUAUUCAUAUCCCUCAAUACCCUUGUAGAUUUAAUUCCUUCUGCCUAGAAUGCUUUGUACUUCUUUAUGGUCAUGUGAAUACCUACUUUUCCUUUAAGAUUCUGUUGCCAUGAUAUUGGGUCUGUAUUGUCAGUCAAAAUUAAAUGAUACUUUGCUUCUGUUCCAUUAAUCCUCCCCUCCCACGUCGUACUGGUUACAUGGCUUUGUAAUUAGUUUCCUUACUAGUUUUAUCCUCAGAGCUUAACAUAGUGCAUAAUGCAUAGUAGACACUUAGAAAUGUUUUUUUUUGAAUUAAUAAGCAUGAUUCUAAGUACCAAAGUGCACAAAAGGGUUGCUACUAUUGGAUUCCAAACUGCCAUGCCCUCUAUAGCAGUAGUUGACAAGGCAAAUAGGGAUAUGUGCAGUUCUCAGCUGUGUAAAGUAUUAUUUAAAUUCCAAGUCUAAGAAAAUAACAAAACUUGCUCUUCUGAAGCUGGGGGCUUCCAUUUUGCCUUCAUGAUCUUUUGAAUCAGUCAUGUCUCUGACUGGUUGGCACAAUUAUGAGGGUAAUGCUGGGUGCUUUUUCUACAACUUUUCAUCUCACACAGAAUUGGAGAAUAAUUUGUGGACCGUUACAGUCUUUAAUGCUUUUUAUUCUGUCAUUUUAUAAAACAGGGAACUAACAACACAUUUUUGUAUGUGUUAAAAGCUUGCUAAGUGAGUGUCGCUUCAUUUAGAAUGAAGUUACUUCAGGGUAGAAAAUACUCCAUGAGAGGGAAGUAUUACAAUUCGUUUAUCCAAAAACUAUUUGUUUUGUGUCUGCUGCUAGAUUUUGUCCUAGGCACUGAGGAUACAGCUUUGCAAAGCAAUCCUUUUUUGGAGCUUGUAUUCUAAUUGAGGAAGUUAGACAAUAAGCAUUUUAAGAAAUGUUCAGUGUUUCCAAGUGAUGAGUGCUAUGAAGAAGACUAAAGCAGGGUAAGGUGUUAGUAUGAUGCUGAAGUAAGGUGCUAUUAUAUUUAGGAUGGUUGGGAAGGCACCUCUGAGUACCUGUCUACUGCUUUAACAUUUGUAUCCUCAAAUUCCACUGCCUUAGUUAAAUGCCUUGCAUAUUCAGUGCAUUCAUAAUUUUUUUCUUUUGGCAGUUCUGGCACUGAAUUAAAGAAUGAGUCACUAUUUAAGACUUUCUCAUUUUGAUUAUAUUUAAAAGGUUUCUCUCCAGUGUGGCUUUACUAAUGGGUGAGCCAUAUCUAAAGGCCCUGUUUUGUUUGUUGGGGUUUCUCUGCCUUUUUCAUAUUCUGAUAGUUACUAAAAUUUAAAACUCUGUUAAAGGACUUUUCACAGUCCAUAAAUCUGUAUUAUUCUUACCCAGUAUGAAUUUUUUGUUGUGAAAUAGGCUUUGAGUUUAAAGGGUCUGUCCACUUUACUGCAUUUAUAGGGUUUCUAGGGAUUGUCAAUUGUUUGAGGCUGAUUAAGGUACAGAACAUGACUAAAAUCUUUUCCUUAUUCCUUUGCAUACAGUAGGGUGAGGUGAGAGUCCACGGCUAAAAUCUCACAAUAAAAUUACAUUUCUGUCUUUACUUUCCACUGCAAAUUCUCUAAUCUUCAUUACAGUGUGAGCUGCAUUGAAAGGCAUUCCCAAAUUCAUUUUAAAGGCAUUAAAAAAGACCCCAGCCCCUUGAAAUGCUAGUUUGGAUUGCUUUUUACUUUUUUCUCUACCUUCCAGGGCUCCUUUCCUGACUCUAGUAAGGAUACUCCCAUCUACACAGAAUCCAGGAUUCUGUAGUUAUCCAGUAUCACUUCCUUGUAUUAUUUUUUAACACAAUAUGAGGUGAUAACAUAUUACGGAAGUAUUGCAGUAAAAUAUAUUUAAUGUAUUCAGGCUUAACGAAUGCAUUAUGUAUGUAUCCUGGUGUUCUUUACUGUUGUUUUGUAUUUCUUCAUUCUGGUGAAAAUUUCCAAGUAAAAUGUUUUGGAACAUAAAUAUUUUUAAAAAAAUAAAAUCAUAUUCCCAUAUUUCUUUAUGUU